GCACCCAUCAUCUUGUGUGUGUUCAAUUUGAUGUUUUGCUAACUCUUCUCUUUAGGCCUGAGCGUGGAAAUAAUCUGCCAAUUCGUCGUUCGCCGGCACCCUGAAGCCCUCGAACCUUCGCAGCCUAGGAUGAGUUUGUUUCCCUGUCGGACGCAGCACUAGGUAGGCGGUGAAGAUGCCUCUUCCCAAGCGGCAGGUGGAGCCGAUCCACGUGGCCCGGAACACCCUGCCGGGCGACAUGCCGGUGCCGAGCGAGCUGGAGGCCGUGACCAACGGCACCCUGGCCAACACCGUGCGCCAGCUUUCUAGUCUGAGCCGACACGCCGAGGACCUGUUCGGCGAGCUGCAGAAGGAGGCGGCCACGCUGGCCGCCAGGGCCACCUCGGUGCAGGCGCGCAUCGACCGGCUGGCCGUCAAGGUCACCCAGUUGGACUCGGGCGGCGAGGAGGGUACGCCUGACCUUCUACCUCCUCAUCAUCAGCAAAAGCCCCUACUUUCGUUGCAAGACAUGCACUUGAGAAAGGCGUUCAAGAGUUCUGUCAUUUUCGAUCAACAAGUCGUGUCACGAGACACAAUGCCCUCUGCUAUGUUGGAGCAGUACAUGCAGUGUGACAAACCGCCACCUCUGCAGAAACUCAACCCAUACAGGGAGGAUGGCAAAGACGGGCUGAAGUUCUACACCGAUCCAAACUACUUCUUCGACCUCUGGAGGCAAGAAAUGCUUAAGGACACUGAACGCAUGAUGCACGAUAGAGGAAAAAAGCCGCACCGCCCGAGAGGGGCAGAAGGUGGCCGUCAACACAAGAAACGAGUGCGACAGCCUCACAACACGCGAGAGAGGCAGAGACAAGUUGCCAUGGGACAAGGGGAAUAUUUGAUGCCCGAAGCAAAUCCUUAUCGCAACUCAAAAACCGCCCUGUACGAAGAGGACAUGGUUGACCAACGACCUCCUCGACCGAGCAGCAUCGAGCUGAGAUCCAAUUAUGGGGAUAACUCGCAGGGCAUGCACCCAUCACAUCAUAUGCUUCCACAGGAAAAUGAUCAUUAUGGUCGCAGCCACUAUCAGUCAGGGUACAACGACCACACUGCCAUGUACAUCCAGCAGCAGCAGCAACAGCACAUCAUUUAUGCUAGAGGGAUGAACAUGCAGGAUCCAUACGGACAUGCUAUGGAUCACAGAAACACUAGCAGGUCAAACUCAAUUACGCAAAAUGGACCUGGCACUCCAGGUCAGCGGCCAUCGCAGCCGCCACCAGCUCCUCCAAGCAACAGCAAUUCGGAAACAAACACGCCAACAACCUUGUCCGCAUCUGGAACUCCAACACGCGGCCGGAGCAUGAGCGCUACGCGGGACACAUUGCCGCCGCCCCCGCCGCCUCCGAAUGACAUGAUGAGUCCUCCACAGAGCAACGGCAUCCCAGCGCACUUGCGCCAGCAACUUCGCUCGUCCAUGUCGCCGCCACGCACAGCCUCUCCGCACCACCACAUGGACCACGACUUGCCUCCGCCGCCGCCUGCCCCGGAGGAGCACAACAUGCCUCCCUCGCCGCCUCCAGCACCGUCACCUCCCUCGGCUGCAGUGCCGCCGCCCCCACCGCCACCUCCUCCUGCAGGUGCCCCUGACUCUGGGCCACACCACAUCAUGGCAAACGGAGAUGUCAGCAAAUCAAUUCUCAAGUCGCCACCAACGAAGGCACCAUCAAAAGCACCGCCGGCGCCCAAACCAAUCGAUCCCCGGACUGACCUGCUCAAAGCCAUCCGGGAUGGUAUCACCUUGCGAAAGGUGGAGAAGAGUGAAAUGAAAGAGGUUGAAAAGUCGAACGCUUUGCACGACGUGGCCUCGAUUCUGGCACGACGAGUGGCAGUCGAGUUCUCAGACUCCGAGUCCGGUUCGGACUCUGAGGAAUCUGAUGGCUGGGAGGAGGAAGCAGGCACCGCCGCUGCCAACGCAACUUAGCUUGCAAGUGGAGAUUAACAGUCAGGCUCUAUAUUCGAAGCUUCUUUUUCUAUCUGAGUUACAAACUGAAUGUAACAGUGUGUGGGCAGUGGUUGGACUCUCCGCGUGGUAACUUUGACCGUGAGAGUUUUGAGUUGAGCCUUUCAAGUGAAAAAAUAAUAAUUAAAUAAAUAAUAUUGCAUUUUUAAUGGAUAUUUUCAAGCUUUGGAAAAGCACUGCAUAUUUUGCACACACAUUCCUAACUUUAUUAGGAAGAUCAUCUUCGUACGUAUCUACGACUCGCAUAUUUUUUUUUUUUUUUGUAAAACGGAGAAAAUCAAAAUCGUGGAUUAUCGAAUUAUUUAUUUUGAUGUCUUUUAUGGAAACAUUCAUGAAUGCACUGUGCAACCCAAAAAAUGGCUAGGAUUAACGCCUUGCUCCAGAUAUUAUUUUUACUCAGAACUAAAUUAAUCGUCUAGUGUCAUGAGCAAUAUUAAUUUAAAUUGUAUUAAUCAAAGCUCAAAACCCAAACGUGCGCCAAACUAAACGGUUAUAAUAUAAGUCAAAGUUACCGUAAGCAAUGCGACGGACGUGACACACACAAGGACCAGGACGAGGUCAAGGGAUGGGAGUUUGUUCGUGCUGGAAAGUCUUGGAACUCUUUUUAUU